GAAACUAAACAACAAUAGCCUUACUGGAUCCAUUCCAGACACUCUGUCCAAAGUUGAAGGUCUCACACUUGUAGACCUUUCUUUCAACAACUUCAGCAGUUCCGUGCCAAAAAUUGCUGCACGAACUUUCAAGAUAAUUGGCAACCCAUUAAUUUGUGGGCCUAAUUCAGAUAACAACUGUUCUGUGGUCUAUCCCGAGCCUGUUUCCUUCCCGCCAGAUGGUGUCAAAGAUGGGUCAGAAUCAGGGACAAAGAGCCACCGUGUGGCUGUCACUUUUGGCGUGAGCUUUGGUGCUGCCUUUUUAAUUAUAGUAAUCAUUGGAUCAUUUGUUUGGUGGAGAUAUAGACACAACCAGCAAAUUUUCUUUGAUGUUAAUGGUUAGGUCUUAUGUACUUCUAUCUUCAUUUUAUUUCCCAGUUUCUUCAUUGACAAGUAUCAAUUCUUAUGGCAUUAUGAUGAUUGAUUA